UUCUAUCAACCAAGCAACACAAAAAUAUCUUUUUUGUCCCACAAUUCAUUCUAGUAUAAUAUACCAAUUUAAAAAACAUGAUGAUUUCAUCUUCGGCUAGUAAAAUUCUCAUCGGCAUUCCUCUUGAUGCCAAUGUGAGUGUGGAUCUCCUUGGUUGGGCCAUUCGAGUCAUUGCUCGCCCCGGUGAUUCGAUCAUCGCAUUGCACGUUAUAGGGGCCAUGGAAAACAAGAACAAGAGACAGUCGGCCAGGAAACAGCAGAAGCAGUUUCGUCAGGUGAAAUCGUUCGUUAUAAACAUUAUGGGAGAACUUGUCGAGACCUGUCUCUCUAAUGAGGUGAAUAUGGAAGCUAGAGUGGGAGCGAGCACCAGUCCCGGUCGAGGCCUUGUAGAGGAGGCCCGGAACAUGGGUGCUGAUUAUCUAAUCAUCGGCGGCGCCCAAAGAAAAAGAUCAAACAGGUCUUCUGCAAUCUCCCACUACUGUUACACCAAUGUUCCACAAGGUUGCUCAUUCGUCAUGCUUCGUCCAACACAACAACCAAACCUUCCGGGUAGGGGUUGUUGCACUUAUAUAUUACUUUGCACAUUUUCUAAUUCUGUGAUGCAUAUCACAGAAUUUGAGCACGAAUCGAGUAGCAGCUGGUCGGAGAAGAAUUUAUCUACUGAAAAUUCGUUCUCAUCGGAAGAGAACGAGUCUCACGUGAAGUUGAAAAGGCCAUCGCCAAGAACGGUGCUCGGUAUUUGUGAGGAAGAUUUGGAUAGUGGAGAAAGCUCGGAUUCAUGUGGCGUUGCCAAAUCAUCGGUGUCCGGGAAGCCCAAGUCCCCGUUCCGGCUGAUUUCAUCGCUAUUCCGGCCAUCGUUCGAUUGGAGAGUGGCCAAGAAGAAACAGAAAGGGAAGCAUCAACCAAUGUUGAAGUGCUACACAUAUCAACAAAUUGCAACUUCUACUAAGAGUUUUCACAAUGAUAAUUUGAUAGGACAAGGAGGGUAUUCUGAAGUUUACAUGGGGAUAAUUGGGGAUGGAAGCCAUAUUGCAGUGAAGCGUUUGGCUAAGGAUAACAACAAUGCAACUAAGGAAAAAGAAUUUCUAAUGGAGUUGGGAAUUAUAGGACAUGUCAACCAUCCCAACACUGCUCAACUGCUUGGUUAUUGUAUUGAAAAUGGACUUUAUCUCAUUUUUCAAUUGUAUCCAAACGGGACACUAUCCUCCGCCCUCCACGGACAAGCAAGCAAUGGCCUAGAUUGGCCAACGAGGUAUAGAAUAGUGCUAGGGAUAGCAAAGGGACUACAUUACCUUCACAAAUGCUGCAAACAUCGCAUUAUUCAUCGAGAUAUUAAGGCCUCUAAUGUUCUUCUUGGUCCACAUAAUGAGCCACAGAUAUCUGAUUUUGGACUGGCAAAAUGGCUACCUAGCAAAUGGAGUCACCAUGCCGUGAUUCCAAUUGAGGGCACAUUUGGAUACCUUGCACCCGAAUAUUUCAUGCAUGGAAUUGUGGAUGAGAAAAUUGAUGUUUAUGCCUUUGGAAUUCUUCUUCUAGAGAUCCUAACAGGCCGACGUCCGGUCGAUGCCACCAAACAGAAUUUGCUUCUUUGGGCGAGGCCUUUGAUGGAAUCAGGAAAUUUACGAGAAUUGGCUGAUCCAAAUAUGAAAGGUAGUUUCGAUAUGGAGCAAUUGUAUAGAGUGGCUUUAACGGCGUCGUAUUGUGUGAGACAGUCUUCAAUUUGGCGACCUUCUAUGACUGAGGUGUUGCAAUUGCUAACGUAUGGUCAAGACUCAGAGGUGGGAAGAAGUAGCUGGAGAAUACCAAAAUUCACUAGUGAUGAAAUGGAUGAUUAUUCUAUGAUUUUUGGAUACAAACUUCCUUCUGAUUUAUCUUUGGAGGAUAUUUGAAUUCCAAAUAAUCUAUGAAAAUUCUUACUACUUAUUUACUAACCUUUACAUGGUUUUAACAUAUUUACUUGGCGAAGUUUGAGAACGGAGAUGAAUAAUAAUUUUUCCCUUUUCAUUUAAGAAUUGGAGUGGCUAUUUAGGAAAGGGUUGGGUGUGUUUAUUAACAAGGUUGCGAUGGAUAGACGAUGUAUUUAGGACAAGAUUAUUAUUCAUCUUGUAAUUUUUAAUUGUGUAUUUUUUCUUUUUUUUUGCACUGAUAAUUAUUGUAUUUCAUAGACAUUGUAAUGUAGAGAUGUUGUUUUUGAGAUGAAUAAGAUUCUAUUUUGUCGUCA